AGUCCUUAUUUAAGUCUCUGUCAUUUACACUACUUGUCUGUCUAUCAGCUUCCAAAUUCCUCCUCCAACUCUAAUGAUUUAUUCUUUUUCUAUACAGUUGAACAGAGAAUAUUAAUGGCACAUAAUAAAGCAACUUAUGGAACUACUACUACUCUGAGCAUUGAAUCUCCAUCACCUCCAAUUACACCAAAAGGAUCAUUGCCUGAAAGAAUUCUCAGUAAGAUGUUUGGAUUUGCUGAUUUUUCCAAAAGAAACCAAUCUCCAUCGCGUAGUGGUAAUGGUACCCCAAGAAAUUAUCAAGUCGAUGAAGAACUUCCAUUUGAUAGUAGUAUUUGUCACUCAUCGUAUCGUGGUGUUUUCGUUGUUCGUCUUGCUAUCAUGGUCAUGCUAGCUAUUUUGAUCGGAAUGCUAACUUUAUUAACAUGGCAUUUUACUAGAGUUUACACAACAAAAUCCCUGAACACACUCGCAUUUGGUCUUCGUCAUGAGCUUCUGCAGAGACCAAUAUUAAGGAUGUGGAACAUUUUGAAUUCUACUGUUGAAAUAACUACAGCUCAGGUUAAGCUGUCAGAGUAUGUAAUCAGAAAGUAUAGCAAACCUGUUGAUCAAGCUCAACAAGUUGAGCAGCUGUACGAAUCCAUGAAGGAUGUAACCUGGGCUCUGUUUGCUAGUAGGAAAGCUCUGAAUUCGUUAACCAUCAACUAUAAAAAUGGUUUUGUUCAGGCUUUCCAUAGAGAUCACAGGAGUAACAAUACAUUCUACAUAUACUCUGAUCUUGCCAAUUAUUCUAUAAGUAAUACAUAUGAUGUAAAUUUGUUAUCGUCUCGUCAAGGAUGGAAUGACCAAACUAUACACAACAACAUCUCAGCAAUUUGGUACCGAGAACCUUUAGAUCCUUCAACUGGAGAAAGGAAUGGAAAGAGAAGCAUAAUUCCACCAGAUGAGUUGAUCAACAUUGCUGGUAUAUCACAAGUACCAGAUGGUGCAGCUUCAUGGCAUGUGGCUGUGAGCAAGUAUACAGAUUCACCGUUGCUUUCAGCAGCACUGCCAGUUUGGGAUCCAUCGAAUAAAACCAUAGUUGCUGUUGUGGGAGUUACUACAGCACUUUAUAGUGUAGGUCAAUUGAUGAAAGAAAUUGUUGAGUUCCAUAGUGGUCAUAUUUAUUUAACCUCUCAAGAAGGAUGGUUGCUUGCUACUUCCACGAAUAGCCCUCUCUUGAUGAAUACUACAAAAGGACCAAAGCUAAUGAUGGCUAUUGAUUCUGAAGACCCUGUUAUACGAUCUGGGGCUGAGUGCUUACAGAAGGAAUAUGGAAAGAGGCUUCCCCCAAGUCAAGAAGUGCACAUAGAGAAUGCUAAACUUGGGAACCAGCUCUAUUAUAUUGACUCAUUUUACCUGCAGUUAAAGAGACUUCCAAUGGUAGGAGUUAUCAUCAUUCCAAGGAAAUAUAUAAUGGGAAAGGUAGAUGAGAGGGCUAUCAAGACUCUUGUAAUAUUGAUCUCAGCAUCAAUAUGCAUCCUAAUCAUUGGAUGUGUCUGCAUCUUCGUACUAACAGAUGGAGUGUCAAAGGAAAUGAAACUUAGAGCAGAGCUGAUAAGCCAGUUAGAUGCAAGAAGGAAAGCAGAGGCAUCGAGCAAUUACAAAAGCCAAUUUCUGGCAAACAUGAGUCAUGAAUUACGAACACCUAUGGCUGCAGUUAUUGGCUUGCUGGACAUUCUUAUAAGUGAUGGUUUUCUUACAAAUGAACAGUAUGCAACUAUUACUCAAAUUCGUAAAUGCUCAACUGCCUUGCUUCGGCUUCUAAACAACAUUUUGGAUCUCAGCAAGGUAGAAUCUGGAAAACUGGUGUUGGAAGAAACAGAAUUUGACUUGGCUCGAGAACUUGAAGGACUUGUUGAUAUGUUCUCUGUCCAGUGCAUUAAUCACAAUGUUGAGACAGUUCUAGAUCUCUCUGAUGAUAUGCCAAAAUUAGUUAAAGGAGACUCUGCCAGAGUUGUUCAAAUUUUCGCAAAUCUAAUUAGCAAUUCUCUCAAGUUCACAACCUCGGGCUACAUCAUUCUUCGCGGAUGGUGUGGAAGUGCUCGUGGAGGGAAUUUUCCACUUAAUCAGAAAGACUCUUGGUCUGCACCUAAAGUGAAGUUGAAGCGACAAGAAAGCCAGGGCAAAAAAUUCUCCAAGAAAGAUAACAAAAUAAUCCUGUGGUUUGAAGUUGAGGACUCUGGUUGUGGAAUUGAUCCAAGUAAAUGGGAAUCUGUAUUUGAAAGUUUUGAGCAAGCCGAUCCUUCGACCACUCGCUUGCAUGGUGGGACUGGCCUUGGACUAUGCAUUGUACGUACCCUGGUUAACAAAAUGGGUGGAGAGAUUAAAGUUGUAAAGAAAAAUGGACCAGGGACAGUGAUGCAACUAUGCCUUCAACUAAACUGUCCUGCUGAAGUCGCUGGGCAGCACUGCCAGUUUAGUUUUGAGGAACAUAAAAUGAGGGUGUUGCUUGCACUCAAUGGAAAAAUGGGUAGAGUGAUAAUGUCCCAAUGGUUAAAGAGAAAUGGGGUGCAUACUUGGGGAGCAUCUGACUGGAAUGAGCUCACUCAAAUUCUUCAGGGUAUUUCUAUAUCCAAAGGCUAUUUGCAAGACACACCUUGUGAAUGCUUAGAUCCUGAAGAUUUGAGCAUUCCAGAUCCUAAUGCCUCAUCACCUUUUGUCAUAGUUGUUGACAUUGGCAUCCUUGACUUGAGCACAAGUAUAUGGAAGGAGCAGCUAAAUUUUCUUGAUAAAUACCAUGGCAGAGCAAAGUUUGCAUGGAUUCUUUACCAUGAUACAUCGAGUACCAUCAAGAUGGAACUCCGAAGAAGGAGACACCUACUUAUGGUCAAUAGACCACUAUAUAAGGGGAAAAUGAUUCAGAUUUUAGAAGCUAUUAUAAAAGAAAAAACUCUUGAGCUGCAGUCUUUUGGUAAUGCACCAGUUGAAGGAGAUUCGCAUGAAUGCCUUGAAAUUGAUCCUAACCACUCUGAUAUCACCUGCUCGGAUGAUUCUGACAAGUCAGAUAAUGGAAAUGACAAAUGUGCAAGUCCAUUCCUUUCUGAAAAAAAGAGGGACGAAAAUUUUGUCAAAGCCUCUCUUUCACAUUAUGGGACCUUAAACAACUACUUCAUUGACUUCAAUAGCGUAGAUGUUGAAGAAAAUGCUCCUGACAGGACUCAUCUGGGACAAACUAGGGAUGGAGAACAUAAUUUAACAAGCACCGCCACCAAAGAGGUCACAAAUGCCUGCUCAAAUAAGGUAGCAGGGCAGAAAUCUCUAGCAGGUUUAUGUAUACUGCUUGCUGAGGAUACCCCAGUUCUGCAAAGAGUCGCUACAAUAAUGCUGGAAAAAUUGGGAGCUAAAGUGGUUGUUGUAGGAGAUGGACUACAGGCGGUGGAAGCACUGAAACCCGUGCCUAAUUCAGAUGAAUUUAGAAAUGAAUCUCUUCAGGAAGAUGAUAAUUCAAUUAUCUCCCAAGCUGAAGGCUCUUAUUCCCUUCCUUAUGACUUGAUCCUCAUGGAUUGUCAAAUGCCGAAGAUGGAUGGUUAUGAAGCAACAAAGGCAAUUAGAAGAUCAGAAAUGGGGACAGGUACACACAUUCCCAUUGUUGCACUGACAGCUCAUGCAAUGUCAUCAGAUGAAGCAAAAUGCUUACAGGUUGGUAUGGAUGCUUAUUUAACCAAGCCCAUAGACAGCAAGUUGAUGGUUUCCACCAUUCUUUCCUUGACUAAAAGAAAAGACUAACCAUCAUACCUCUUUAUCAAAAA